AAAAUUCCCCCUUUUCUCACAUCGAACUCUCCGCCCCCCCCAUCCAUCUCCAAUGGGUGCUGCUGCUGCUGCCGCUGCGGCGGCGGCCACCCACCUCCUCCUCCGCCCCGCGCCCCGGCCCCAACCCCAGCCCGUGCUCCGCCUCCGCCUCCUCCUCCCCCUCCCUUCCCCGCCGCGGCCCAUCCGCCGCCGCGGCUCCCCGCUCCUCGCCGUCGCCUCCGCCAGCGAGGGCCAUGCGGAGAAGGGCGACAAGGCCGCCGGGAAGCUGCAGAAGAGGGUGCUGGUGGGCGUUGCCAUCGGGGUGGGCGCGGGCGGCGUCGUGGUCGCCGGCGGCUGGGUGUUCGCCGCCGCCAUGACCGCCCUCGGCCUCGCCGGCGCCCGCGAGUACUUCGGGCUCGUCCGCGGCACCGCCGCCCCGCCGCCGCGCUACGUAUCCCGCGCAUGCUCCGCCAUCUGCGCCAUCAUGCCAUUCCUUACGCUGUAUUAUGGCCGCAUGGAUGUUCCUCUGACGUUUUCGGCAUUUCUUAUCGCAAUAUCUUUGCUAUUGCAAAGAGGAAACCCCCGUUUUGCGCAGUUAACUAGUUCAGUUUUUGGGUUAUUUUAUUGUGGCUAUCUUCCUGCUUUCUGGGUUAAGCUCCGUUGUGGACUAUCAGUUCCUGCAUUAAAUACAAGUAUAGCGCAUAGUUGGCCAGUACUUCUCGGUGGGCAAGCUCACUGGACAGUUGGACUUGUAGCAACCUUGAUAUCUAUAAGUAGCAUCAUUGCUGCUGAUACAUCAGCUUUCCUUUGUGGAAGGGCAUUUGGCCGUACUCCUUUGACUAAUAUAAGCCCUAAGAAGACCCUGGAGGGUGCUUUAGCUGGUCUAACCGGCUGUGUACUGACUACUGUACUUCUGUCAACUCUCUUACGCUGGCCAAGAUCACUAUUGAGUGCUACUGCUUAUGGAAUCCUGAUCUUUCUGGGUUCAUUGUUCGGGGAUCUUGUUGAGUCUCUAAUUAAGCGCGAUGCUGGUGUGAAGGACUCUGGGUCACUCAUUCCUGGCCACGGUGGAAUUCUUGAUCGGGUCGACAGUUACGUUUUCACAGGGGCACUCUGUUACUCUUUUAUCAAAGUAGCUCUUCCCAUGUAUGGGGUCUGAUUAGUGCAGCAAGCAAUCGGGUUGCCUUGUACCUUCUUUCUACCUUCAGCAAUAUGGUCACCACCUGCAAAGUCAUGACAGAGCCUUGCCGAGAUGUCCAAGACCAGUUUCCGUCACUGCACAAUAUAUGGUCUUCGCGCCCCAAGGGAAUUUGGUGUCUGACUGUAAAGUGAGAUAGGAUGAUAGGAUGCGGGCAUGAAGUGCGCGGUGUUUGUUUGUAAUGUAUUGAGCUGUUCUUUUUGCGGCACCAGUAUAGUGAUAACUUGUCACUGUGGUGUACAUAGUUUUUUCUUUGUGUAGAGUAAAAAAAGGAAGUGCGGAUGAUUAACUACACGUUACAUAUAUUAAGUGUUUGAAGGUGGUUUAUGGGAAAUGGAUCCUGGGGAACGAACUAUACUUGUUGGCCCCUAUCAAUUUAAUUUAUUUUCAUGACCCAGUGCCUCUUUGGCGACUACCCGAGUGAGUGUAUGCUGAGGUUGGGCAUUGUAAUCUUUAACCAUGUGGAUUAUGAGUUUGCAAAUGCAUUGAGUUACAAAAGUGA